GUGAAUCGAACAAGUAGUGGGGGACUCCCUCGCUAAACGCUGAUCGCCGAAUGCGCCUCGGCGAAAUUCCGCUAAAAAAGCCGCGGCGUAUAUCGCGUCGGGCCGGACACAAGUGAGCAUCGUUUCCCUUGUGAGUGCAUCCGAACGGCCGUCGUCGGCGAGUCGCGAAGCGUCGUGACCAGUGUCAUCGUGGAAUAAGCUACGGGUAUCACGAUAACGCUAUUGUUGUGAUAGCGGUAUCGCGGUGGCAGGCGGCGGUGCGGGAAGGGCAAGAGGAAGGGACGUAGCGAGGGAGGGAGUGAGCAAGCGAGCAACGAGACCGAGAGAAAUAGAGAUAAAGAUAGAGAUAGAGAGAGAGGGAGAGAGAGCGAGAGUUAGUGGCCGAGGGGGUGGGAGGUAAGCAGGCAGAGACCAGGGGGAAACGCGCGGCUGGUUCGGUAAAGAGGGAGUGAGACGAGGCGAAUUGUGUGUAUGUGCCAGGGAGAGAAAGAGAGAGAGAGAGAGAGAGAGUGCGCGGGACUCAUACAUACACGUACACACAUACACACGCGCGCGCGACCGUGUCCGUGUGCACAAUGGCAACCUUGACACUUGGUGAUCGUUUUUGGUGGCUCCGCGUCGCGGAGAUCGCACGUCCGAACAGCGGCAUCGCGUAGCGGGUGAAAGCGACGACGGCGGGCGCGCCUCGAGCAGCAGCAGCAGGAGGAGAAGGAGGAGGAAGACGAGGACGAGAGUGGUGGAGGAAGGAGGGAAGGAUAAGAAACCACGGUGUGAAGAAACGCGGGAGUGUCGCAUACGUGGACGUCGACGAGGAUCUCUUUCUCAAGAGAGGAGAAAGAGAGAGAAAUUCGGCUCGCGCACGUCCGAUGCGUCGCUCGCUCGCGCGCGCGCGCUCAUGAGAAAGCGAGAAAAAGAUAGAGCGAGUUUGUUUUCGGUGGAGGUCCGUCCCUCUUUGUUUUGAUCGGCCGGUCCGUCGAGAAAGCGUGUUCGGGAAGCCGUCGCGUAGAGCGCACCACGGCGUCGCGACACGCCGCCAACCGCUGGGAACGCCGGUGGUGCUGAUCAUCGCCGUCGCGCGCCGGGCGACCGCAGAGGAUUCGCCGCGCUGAAGAGAAUCCGGUCACGUGUGCGUGGACAUUGACGUCGAGAGCGCAGCGGAGGGAUGCGAUUUUCCCGAGUUCGUUCGCGAGUGAUAUAGAGAGACCGAUAGAGAACGAGCUAGAGAGAGGAGAGGAGAGCCGGCAGUGACACGACUGCCGCGCGCAGCCAUGUAGCUCGCGCGGCACGCCGAGAAAGAGAGAGAGAGAGAGAGAGGGGGGAGGAGAGGGAGAGAGAGAAGAGAACGAUUACACACAGUGCGUCGUUGCGUUUUGCACGCGCGCGUGAAUCGCGACGGGAAUGCCGCAGUGAACGACCAGCGUCGCAGAACGUAAGACGAUUCUCGUGCACGUCUCCUAAUAUUCACCUGUCACCUGUGAGAGGAUACACGCAAAAAACAAGGCAGAAUGGCACAAAUGGAACAGCAAUUACCGCUUCCAAUGCCAGAUUUAAGUACCCUUCGUAUAACCACAGCCGUCUCCAUGCUUGGCAAAGCGUAUGGAUGUGGCCAGUGCAGCGCUCCCCCACCUGGGCCGUCAACGAGCGGUGGUUCUGUUGGGGCAGCUGGAGCAGCUGCUAGUAGUGUCGCAGCUCCUAGUUCUAUGGGGCUUGUACCCGCACAACAGCCACACCCUCCUCAAGCAUCAGAACUGCCAACGUUUACAUGCCCUCGGAGACCAAAUAUAGGGCGAGAAGGUAGACCGAUUGGUCUGAGAGCCAAUCACUUCCAAAUUACUAUGCCACGUGGCUAUGUACAUCACUAUGACAUUAAUAUACAACCUGACAAAUGCCCUCGGAAAGUUAAUAGAGAAAUCAUAGAAACUAUGGUUCAUGCGUAUACUAAAAUAUUUGGAACUCUCAAGCCUGUGUUUGAUGGCAGAAAUAACUUGUACACAAGGGACCCCUUGCCCAUUGGUAGUGAUAAAUUAGAAUUAGAGGUUACACUGCCUGGUGAGGGUAAAGACAGAGUUUUUAGAGUGGUUAUAAAGUGGUUGGCGCAGGUUUCAUUAUUUGCUUUAGAAGAGGCUUUAGAAGGACGAACUAGACAAAUUCCGUAUGACGCUAUUCUCGCUUUAGACGUUGUAAUGAGGCAUUUACCAUCUAUGACAUACACUCCAGUAGGUAGAUCGUUCUUUAGUACUCCGGAUGGAUACUAUCAUCCAUUAGGCGGGGGCAGAGAGGUAUGGUUCGGAUUCCAUCAGUCGGUGAGACCGUCACAAUGGAAGAUGAUGUUAAAUAUCGAUGUUUCUGCCACUGCCUUCUACAAAGCACAGCCGGUCAUAGAGUUUAUGUGCGAAGUGUUAGAUAUCCGAGAUAUCAACGAGCAAAGGAAACCACUGACGGAUUCUCAAAGAGUAAAAUUUACCAAAGAAAUAAAGGGUCUCAAAAUCGAGAUAACUCACUGUGGAGCGAUGAAGCGAAAGUACAGAGUGUGCAAUGUUACACGUAAGCCAGCCCAAAUGCAAUCAUUUCCACUGCAACUGGAAAACGGGCAGACAGUCGAGUGUACGGUUGCCAAAUACUUCUUAGACAAAUACAAAAUGAAGUUGCGCUUCCCACAUCUUCCCUGCUUGCAAGUUGGCCAAGAACACAAACACACGUAUCUGCCGCUCGAGGUUUGCAAUAUCGUUGCGGGACAACGCUGCAUUAAGAAAUUGACCGACAUGCAGACCUCGACUAUGAUCAAGGCAACGGCACGUUCUGCGCCGGAUCGUGAACGGGAGAUUAACAAUCUAGUUAGAAGGGCUGAUUUUAACAAUGACUCUUACGUACAAGAAUUUGGGCUGACUAUAUCGAAUAAUAUGAUGGAAGUCAGGGGUCGUGUUCUACCUCCGCCCAAACUGCAGUACGGAGGGCGCGUAAGUUCCCUCAGUGGACAGACGAAGCAGCAAGCGAUGCCUAAUCAAGGCGUGUGGGAUAUGCGCGGCAAGCAAUUCUUCACCGGAGUGGAGAUUAGAGUGUGGGCGAUCGCUUGCUUUGCACCGCAGAGAACGGUGCGCGAAGACGCGCUACGCUCUUUCACAACGCAACUUCAAAAAAUCAGUAAUGAUGCCGGCAUGCCCAUCAUCGGGCAGCCAUGCUUUUGUAAAUAUGCCACCGGACCAGAUCAAGUUGAACCCAUGUUCAGAUACCUGAAAUCAACUUUCCAAGCGUUGCAGCUAGUUUGCGUUGUACUACCAGGCAAAACUCCUGUAUAUGCCGAAGUGAAAAGAGUAGGAGAUACAUUGUUGGGUAUGGCAACUCAAUGUGUGCAGGCGAAAAAUGUCAACAAGACCUCACCGCAGACGUUAUCCAAUCUUUGUCUCAAGAUAAAUGUCAAAUUAGGAGGCAUCAAUAGUAUCUUAGUACCUAGCAUAAGACCGAAAGUGUUUAAUGAACCAGUUAUAUUUCUUGGAGCUGAUGUAACUCACCCUCCGGCGGGCGACAACAAAAAACCCAGCAUAGCUGCUGUAGUAGGUAGUAUGGACGCUCAUCCAUCUCGAUAUGCGGCAACUGUUAGAGUUCAACAGCAUAGGCAAGAGAUUAUCCAGGAACUCAGUUCGAUGGUUAGGGAAUUGCUUGUAAUGUUCUACAAGAGUACAGGUGGAUACAAGCCACAUAGGAUAAUUUUAUAUCGCGACGGUGUCUCCGAGGGUCAAUUCCUCCAUGUGCUACAACACGAAUUAACUGCCAUUCGUGAAGCAUGCAUCAAACUCGAGGCUGACUACAGACCUGGUAUAACAUUCAUCGUGGUGCAGAAGAGGCAUCACACGCGUCUGUUCUGCGCGGAUAAGAAAGAACAAAGCGGCAAGAGUGGUAACAUCCCGGCGGGCACGACCGUCGACGUGUGUAUAACUCACCCGACGGAAUUUGACUUUUAUCUCUGCAGUCAUCAGGGUAUCCAGGGCACAUCGAGGCCGUCGCAUUAUCAUGUUCUUUGGGACGAUAAUCAUUUCGAGAGUGACGAGUUGCAGUGUCUCACGUAUCAACUGUGUCACACUUAUGUCAGAUGCACAAGAUCCGUCAGUAUACCAGCGCCGGCGUAUUACGCUCAUCUCGUAGCAUUCCGGGCCAGGUAUCACUUGGUCGAGAAGGAGCACGACAGUGGAGAAGGAUCUCAUCAGUCGGGCUGCAGCGAGGACAGGACGCCCGGUGCGAUGGCACGAGCUAUUACUGUUCACGCAGAUACAAAACGAGUUAUGUAUUUUGCAUAAUUCCGUUUUCUUUACGUCGAGUCAAGUCGAGCUACCUUUUUAAAGGUAUUGUUGGUUUUCGACGCGAGGGAAACACCUCAACGCACCGAAACGGUGUCUCUCAGUGACAAAUUCGCCGGGAAACUUCAUCAGGCAGCGCGGAUCCAGCGGUAACCGCGUGCGCGCGCGACCGUAGCGCGUCGCAUCACAAAUUCUUUAGACUACUUAUUAACGAUUAGGGAAAUUUUCUCGAGCAGUCAGUUUUCCUUUAGACUUUUCUGUCUCUUAUUUUAUCUUUUCUUUUUCUUUUUUUUUUUUCUUCCGUUUUAAUCUGCAAGGAGUCCGCGCGAUAGUCUAUCGGAUCAGAUUACGUGCACACGCAUUCGUUUUAUUCGCAUAUAUAGGUGUAAUGGCGAGUUUUCGAUGAACCUUCUGAACAUUGUACAGAUCGAGUUUUUACGAGAGGUGCUUUUAAGUUGAUCGUGUUUUUUUUUUCUUUUUUUUUUUAAGAUUAGAUUAAGGACGUUUUGCAGCUUGACCGGUGGGGAGUCGUCAGUCUUGUAGUCGAACUAAUGCAGAAAGUACUAAUAGACUUUAAUUAUAUUCGACUAAAAGACACACAAUGUGGAAAUCAGCUGCAAUGCGCAUAUUAUUACGCUUAUCUUUUCCUUUUGUUUUCUAAGGGAAUGAAUUUCGCCUGGCAUUUGUGCACAAAUGCAGAGAAGAACGAGUGAAGUUUUUACACGAAGUCAUCAUAUAUGAAGUCACGAUUAUAUAUAUGAAUCGCUAUCUGCGAGGCUGUUAUAUCUUGUUGCAUGUGUAUAGUUAUCGUUUCUCGUGUCGAACGAGAUGAUUUACAUUCUGUAAGUUUUAGAUCUCUAAUUAUGCUGUAUAGAUUGGUAUAAAACAAUCGUCGUAUAUGAAAAUACUUCUGACUGUGUACUAUGUCGAGAUAGUACUUGUGGUGUGUGUACAUGACUAGAUUUACUGCUAAAACCUUUACAUCGUCUAUAUGUAAAUUCAUCGAUAGAAUUUAUCGAUAGAGAGGGUCGACCACGUCAAGCUGCAAAUUGUCGACGAGUAGGACACGAAUGAGACUAAGUGGAUUGUAAACCCUACUAAAUGCCAAGAAAUCUAAGCCAAUGGCCAAAGUAAGUUAGGGAUCUGUUAGAGUAAAUCGACGUCAAAUCAAGCAGUACAUUAACUGUGAAUAACAUUGAAUAACAGUUAAGCGUUAACGUGAUGCCUUCUAGAAAACUUGAAUCACGUCGUGCCACACUGCUCUGCUACACUAUAAUACCGUUAUCUUUUAUACAACGCACUUUUAAUCAGUCUAAAUCUAAUGUCAUCUUGAGAUAAUUCCAAAGUUAAAUCCUGUGCUAAAACUAAUGGAACAACACCAAUUCGUGUGUACGCUUGGAAGUAAGCAGCUCAUAGUGCUUAAGAAUGGACAUAAUCUUUGUACGGAAAGAUAGAGACACGUAUAUUAGUAAAUGUAAAAAAUUGAAAAGUGUUAUAUAUAUAGAAAGAGAGAGAGAGAGAGAGAGAGAGAGAGAGA